AUGGUUCUUGGCACCCACAUUGUGCUAAAUUGCUCUGUCCUUGACUCUAUUCUUCGUUGCACCUGUUCUGGUUUUUCCGAACUACCCAAAAAUUCCUGGCCUGAAUCUCUUGAGGUGUCUUUCGAUGAUGUCAAGAAAUCCCUUUCCAAUUCCACCUCUGUUCCUGCUCAAAUUGGUCCAUCCAACAUCUUUUUUGAAGCUCGUGUCUUUGGCCCAUAUGGUUGCUACUACUGUUGUACCUCGGCGUUUGGUAGCAUGGGGUAUGUUUUGAGCAAUGAUUCUUGGGUGCUCAAAGACGUCUAUGAGGCAUCUCAGCCUGGUCCUUCCACCAAGGUGAAAAAGUCAGACACUUCUGCUAUCUCUUCCGAAUGCUAUGCCGAACUUCUCGCCAAACUCUCCUCCAUGGAUGACAAAAUUGAGUCCAUCAAAGACUUAAUGGCAUCCACCUUGUUUCAAAUCGAGAAGAUUCGUGACACGAUUAAGGAGGCGGUGCCGAUCCUGGACAAAUGGCUUCACAGAAAGAAAAGAGCAAUAUCACCAGGUCAAAUUAGUACCCCGGCCCUGGAUUGGCAAAAGAGAUUAAAAAUAGCCACUGCUGCAGCUCAAGGACUAUGCUGUAUGCACCAUGAUUGUACUCGAACCAUCAUUCAUAGAGACAUUAAGUCCAGCAAUAUCCUUCUGGACUCAGAAUUCAAUGCAAAAAUAGCAGAUUUCGGACUAGCAAAAAUACUAGCCAGGCGGGAUGACAAUCCUGAGACAGCUUCUGCUAUUGCUGGAACUUUUGGUUACAUUGCACCAGAAUUGACAACAGGGAGAGAACCCAUUCUCAGAGAGGACCAAAUGAAUCUAGCACAAUGGGCUCAAAAGUGUCACAGAGAGGGGAAUUCCGAGGCCCUCGAUGAAGAAGUCAUGGAAACAAGUAAUUUGGAACAAAUGAGAGGUGUUUUUAAACUCGUGCUGAUGUGUACUGGAGCAUCACCAUCUGGCAGGCCGUCAAUGAAGGAGGUCUGCAACAUUCUUCAAAGCUUUAGAGACCCCAUAUUUUGA